AAGAUCAUUUCCCAUGGUGGUGAGAGCUGGGAUGAAAAUAAAACAGCGUGGCAGGGAGGAGGCAAAUGUGAGUCUGGAGGGUUCCUGGAGAAUGGGGCCUGAGGCGUGACCACCCCCUUCCUCUCUGGGGGGACUGCCUGCCGCCUCCGCAGACACCCAUGGUUCAGUGCCCUCCAGGCCCCUGCCUACCCCAGCAUCCCCUGCGCGAAGCUGGGUGCCCCGGGGAGUCUGACCACCAUGCCACCUCCUUGCCUCCUCUUCUUCCUCCUCUUCCUCACCCCCAUGGAAGUCAGGCCCCAGGAACCUCUAGUGGUGAAGGUGGAAGAGGGAGAUAACGCUGUGCUGCAGUGCCUCGAGGGGACCUCAGAUGGCCCCACUCAGCAGCUGGUCUGGUGUCGGGACUCCCCGUUUGAACCCUUCUUAAAUCUCAGCCUGGGGCUGCCAGGCAUGGGAAUCCGCAUGGGGCCCCUGGGCAUCUGGCUUUUAAUCUUCAACGUCUCUAACCAGACGGGGGGCUUCUACCUAUGCCAGCCGGGGCUCCCCUCUGAGAAGGCCUGGCAGCCUGGCUGGACAGUCAGUGUGGAGGGCAGCGGUGAGGGCCGGGCUGGCCGGGCUAGGGCAGGGGCAGGAGGAGAGAAGGGAGGCCACCAUGGACAGAAGAGGUCCGCGGUCACAAUGGAGCUGGAGAGAGGGGCUGGAGGGAUUGAGGGCGAAACUCGGAGCUAGGUGGGCAGACUCCUGGGGCUUCGUGGCUUCAGCAUGAGCUGCUUCCUGUCCC